CGACCAACAUUUUCUUUGUCAAAAUUCUCUAUCUUUCUACCACAAAAAACCAUCAAUGGAAGCUUCCUCAUUCCACGAGCAGCACCACCCUUUUCUUCUUGAUCAAUCUCAGCUUUACCCAGCGGCCACUGGCACCAUCACCGCCUCCAUUGGUUUCUCUAAUGAGUUCCAGCUAUCCCAUGACGAUCAUAUUAUCCCCAAUGGUGCCAUUGAAAUGAAUGCUAAUAGCAACCAAGUCGACAUUUGCAACAAUUUAAAAAGCUCAGAAUCUCCGAUGCCAAUGGUGGUUCAUGGUCACAUACAUGAGAAGACGAUGCCCACAACUGAUUCUUAUGGUAUGACAAAAAACACUUGCAACAAAUGGAGGAAUCAAAAUAAAAGCAAUAUUGAGCAAGAAAAAAACAAAAAAAUGAGAUACUCUAAAGAAGGGCAAAUUGGGUACGUUUACGUUAGAGCAAGAAGAGGUGAAGCAACAGAUAGCCAUAGUCUUGCUGAAAGGGUGAGGAGAGAGAAGAUAAGCGAGAAGAUGAAGGCAUUACAAGCCAUUGUUCCGGGGUGUGAUAAGAUAACAGGAAAAGUUCUUAUGUUGGAGGAAGUUAUUAAUUAUGUCCGGUCUCUACAAAAUGAAAUUCAGUUCCUUUCUUCGAAGCUUGCUUGUGUAAAUCCUAUGUAUUAUUCUGCGUCGAAUUUUGAUGCAUCCAUGCUCAACACUCAUCAGAAUAUGACCACCAACCAGCAACGUCUGCUUUCAUUUCAAGAACACCAGAUGUCAAAUGUGGGAUUCGAGAAUGAUAAAGAGUCUCUCCUAAACUAUCGAAGGUUCAACUGAUUAGUGAUUGUUUUCUUUCGAGCUUAUUAUGAUAUUUCAAAAGAAGGAUAUAGAGCAAGUAUGUUCAAUUGUGUUUUCAAGUUUUUCGUAAUAACUGAUUUAGAGUAAUUUGGUCGAAAU